AUGGCUAGCGCAGUCGUAAAAACUUUGCGUCCGACGGGACGUGUUUUGAGAUCAAUCGCUCCACUAGGCUUGAAUAGGCGUGGUAACGCUUGGUUUGAAGAUGUGGAGAUGGGGCCUCCCGAUCCAAUUCUAGGUGUUACCGAUGCAUUUAAACGCGACAAAAAUCCGAGACGUCUUAAUCUGGGUGUAGGAGCAUACCGUGAUGAUUGCGGUAAUCCUUGGGUGCUUCCUUGCGUACGUUGCGCAGAGGAAAUAGUUAUAGAGAAGCAAUUGAAUAAAGAAUAUGCACCCAUCACUGGUCUGCCCGAAUUUUGCGCUAAAAGUAUUGAAUUGGCCUUGGGUAAGGAUUCCUACGUCUUAAAAGAUAAACGUAACGCCACGGCGCAAAGUAUUAGCGGCACUGGAUCCUUACGUGUUGGAUCGGCGUUCUUAGCAAAAUUUUGGAAGGGCAAUCGCGAAGUUUACGUACCUACUCCAACAUGGGGAAAUCAUAUACCUAUUUUCGAGCACGCCGGUCUUCCAGUGAAAAAGUAUCGUUAUUAUGAUUCAGAUACUUGCGGCUUGGAUUACAAAGGUUGUAAAGAGGAUAUAUGCAAAAUCCCGCCAGAAUCGAUCAUUGUAUUUCAUGCUUGCGCUCACAAUCCCACUGGUGUAGACCCCAACACAGUGCAGUGGUGUGAGUUAGCUGACUUGGUCAAAUACAAAUGCCUCUUUCCAUUCUUUGAUAUGGCUUAUCAAGGUUUUGCGACUGGUGAUGUGGAUAGAGACGCUCAAGCAGUUCGAAUCUUCGAAUCGAAAGGUAUUAAUUUUGGCUUAGCUCAAAGCUAUGCUAAAAAUAUGGGUCUCUAUGGCGAACGCGUCGGAGCACUUACAAUAGCAUGUGAAAGCGAAGUAGAAGCCUCACGUGUUCUCUCACAACUUAAAAUUAUUAUACGUGCUCUAUAUUCCAGUCCACCCCUGCACGGAGCCCGAAUUGUUACAGAAAUUCUUACCGAUCCGAAUUUGUAUGACAUGUUCUUAAAAGAUCUUAAAACAAUGGCUGAUCGUACCAUCGGUAUACGGCAAAAGUUAAAAGACGGCUUAAUGCAUCACGGCUCGAAACGUAGAUGGGAUCAUAUUACUAAUCAAAUUGGAAUGUUCUGUUACACCGGUAUGAACCCAGACCAAAUUGAACGUAUCACAAAAGAAUUUAGUGUUUACCUUACGAAAGACGGUCGCAUUUCAAUGGCUGGUGUUACUAGCAAGAACGUUGAAUAUUUAGCAAAAGCAAUGCAUGAAGUUACAAAGUGA